AAUGUCAUAACGUAGGUUGACUGGGGUAGAUGCACUGAAUGUAAGAAAAAGAGAUAAAUAAAAGGCGUGGUACGGAAAUAAUACAUAAAUAGUAUACACAGCAAUGUCAGCAACUUUGAAACCCUAUUUAACGGCUGUUCGUCAUACGCUUACAGCCGCUAUGUGCUUAGAACAUUUCUCGUCACAGGUUGUCGAGAGAUACAACAAGCCUGAAGUCGAGGUUAGAACUAGCAAAGAGUUAUUGUUGAAUCCUGUGAUCAUUUCCAGAAAUGCUAACGAAAAGGUGCUUAUUGAGUCAUCUAUCAACUCUAUACGAGUGAGUAUUAUGAUCAAACAAGCAGAUGAAAUCGAGAAGAUACUUUGUAAAAAAUUCAUGCGUUUCAUGAUGAUGAGGGCUGAAAAUUUUAUAGUUUUGAGGCGAAAACCGGUGGAAGGUUACCAUAUUAGCUUUCUGAUUACAAAUUUCCACACAGAACAAAUGUAUAAGCACAAACUUGUGGAUUUUGUUAUAUAUUUCAUGGAAGAAAUUGAUAAGGAAAUAAGUGAAAUGAAAUUGGCUGUCAACGCUCGUGCAAGGAUCUGCUCAGAGGAGUUUUUAAAGAGAUUCUAAGACUUGGCAAAUAUUGUUAACUUUCUGUGCAUUAUGUAUAAAAUAAAUGUAAAAAGUUUAGCUUUACAAAUUACUUGACAUGAGUGGCUGGAUCAAUAUGUAUGAAUUUAACCUGUGGUUAGGUACUGUUUUGUUUCCUGUUUAUGCAUUGUCACAAUCUUAUUGGAAUUCAUACUUCUAACCGAAGUGGAUCAGGACUAAACAAAACAUUUUCUCAUAUUUAUUAAUAACAUUUUGAAUAUUUAUAUAAUUUAUGAAACAAUAUUUUCCAUAAACUGUCCAUACACCGUUGCUAGACUUUUAAAAAAAAUAUUCACUAAAUGUGAUAUGAUCACUCAUGGGAUCUUUGAAGAUAAUCAAUUAUCAUUUGAUAUUUGUCUUGUUAGGCUACUAUGAAAUGAAUAAUACCAACAGUUUUAUAUAAGUUAGUCAUGCCAAUUAGUUGUUUAUAUUCACUGCAUAUUAACAUAUUGUCACAUCUGUUAUCUUGUAAUAUUUAAAGAUUGGUGGUAUGAUAAAAGCAAAGCUAUCCAAUUAAAUUUUUAUAGGGUUUGUUUUUUUGUUCAUAAGAUAUCUAAAUAGUUGAAAAGGGAUCCUAUAUUUAAUUAGGCCAAAAAGUAUUAUACCAUUUUAAAUGAUUUUAUUGACAUGUAGGUUGGUUUAAUUUAAUAACAGCACUUAUAUUUUUAAUCAAAGCCAUUCCUUUUUAUUAAUGUAAUGAUCUUUAAUUUUUUGACAAAUUGUAUUAUUCUUUUUAAGUCCAUCAUUUAAUAGAAAUUAGAACC